GAAAUGCAGCAUCCAUUGCACCCCAAACAUCCUCUUACUCUCAUCAAACUACCAUCGAUGAAAAAAUGUGAUAGUUGCAUAGCGAAGAGUUUGAGCUUCAAAUACAAUUGUUCUAAUUGUGAAUUUGAUCUUUGUAUUAAAUGCGCUUCUCUACCACUCACCAAAGAAGUUGAUAUUCAUGACCAUCCAUUGACCCUUAUGAGAAAAUCAUUCCCAUUCACUCGCGAUCAUUGUGCAAAGCCAGGCAAGGGCAUGUUUUACUUAUGUUUCACCUGUUCAUUCAUGGUCUACUCGCAAUAUACUCUUUCACCACGGAUUGAACGGUCACAACUCGUCGUCAAGGCCGGAAUCCACCACCAUCCAUUGACCCUUGUAAGAAAAUUGAUCUCGUUCACUUGUGAUGCUUGUGGGAAGGAAGGCAAGGGCAUGUUUUACAAAAUUUGUACCACUUGUUCAUUUGUGUCCCACCUAGAUUUUGUUUCCUUACCAUCGAUUGUCAAAGUUAUAUGCCACAACCACCCGCUCAACCUUGCCUGUAAUUCUCUUCUUGGCAAUCAAUUUGAUGGUAGAGUUUGCCAACUAUUUGUUAAGGCAGUGAAUGUGGACUAUGGGGUCUAUUAUUGCUCAAGUUGUGAUUUUGUUUCUCACCUUCAUUGUGCUACAAGUAAGGAAGAUAAAGAUGCAACAUUUGUGCAGAUUUCUAAAGAUGAGGAAUCAAUUGAACAUUUUAGUCAUGAGGAGCAUGACUUAAAUCUUGAUGACAAGCUUGAAAACAAUGAAAAGUGUGAUGGGUGUAUGCAACCUAUCUUUCCUCCAUUUUAUGCUUGCAAUCGUGUGGAUUCUUUCUUCACAAAGCUUGUGUUGAAUUACCAAGAACAAUUCGACACCCACUUCAUGGCCAACACCCCCUUAUCCUCCGCCCAAUAGCAC